CCGAUCGAUCACCAUGUAGACCUCAGUUGAACAUUGAAAUUCGUACUCAUCGGACGGUAACGGAACUAAAAAUUCCUAAAUAAAUUUCCUAGUUUUUUUCCGGCAAAACAAGUAACGACAAAUCAAUUCACCAUGUGCAGCUAUCCUUGCUAUCCUUGCGCUGCCUUAUGUCCCUGCGGAGGCAGUGGACCAAGUGGAUUCUACGAUCCGUGCUUUGGACCCUACAACGGACCAUUUAACUCCUGGUGCGGGGCAAGUGGACCCGGUUUCUGGAGAGGUGGAUGUUGCUAGUUUUGUCAUGAGCCGUAGGACUUAGCUACUUUCUCACACGGAAAAAUUGGAACUGCUGAACAUCUCUUGCAAGGAAACUAAAUUACCGUCCCACAUGAAGAGAGAAAUGUUAAUUAAAUAAAGUGUUCAAAAUACGUUGGUUAUUAUU